AAUAAAAAAAAAAAAAUUGCAUUUGUAAUUAUAAAGAUAUUUAAGAUAUAUUUCCCUGUAACUGUACCACAUAUAGCUUAAGGAAAGUUUGGAGAAAAACGUUCAUGAUUCUUAGGGGAAAUCUGAUAAAUGAAUGAAUAACACCUUUUUCUGUUUUGUUUUGUUUUGCUUCUUCUGUUGGUCUAUCUACAACUCUGUCUAUUAUCCUUUUCCUUCUCUUCUCUUGAGUGUGCGUCUCUGUCUCUAUAAAUUAUUAUUGAUUUUGCAGCAAAGAAGUACGAUGUCCUUCUCGAGCAACUGUCUACGGAGAUAUACACUAUGACCCCAUUGCUCAAAAUGGCGUCGAAGUUGGAAUACCGAGCAAAAGAUGUCAUGUGUCAGAUUGACCAAAGCUCAUCACCACCAACAAAACAAAGGCUAUGGGAUGCUACAAUCGAGCUACUUUCAAAGUGGGUGGAGAAAGGAGGGAAACGAGAUGAACUCCUCCGUGCUCUUCAAGCGAGGCAUCUUACCGAACCAGCAGAAAUAGUCUCGACUGCAAUUCAACAAGAACCUGGUCUAGCAGACUCGUUUUCCUUUACGACGAUGGACAGCGAGGGAGGCGACAUUCAACUCGGAGAAGGAGAUGUACAGGUGUCUCUUCCUCCUGGUGCACUUGGAGAAGAGACGUGUGAAGUUGUCACAGUCAAGGUUCCAAAUCAUGCCCCAGAAUUGAUCUGCGAUGAGGAGGAAAUCCAGGCAUCACCUCCAGUCCAGUGUACUCCUUCUGGCUUGACCUUCGAUGAGCCAGUCAAGCUGACGGUGCCUCACUGCACGAGUCUAGACAAUAUAACAGAUGAAACUGAAGUAAUCCUUUACACCAGUCACGGAACAGCCGACUACACCCGAGAAGAACUAUCUCAAGAUGACUACACCAUUACAGACGACUCAGUCGUGGUGAAUGUUCGUCACUUCUCGACGUUCAGGAUCAGCAUGAAAAAGCUUCGAGGUGUGAAAUUCGGGUUCUUGCCUUUUCACCCAUCGAUCAUGCCGCGGUCAAGAAAGCCCAUACUCCAGGUUUUCUUCUAUCAAAUGUACAAAAGAAAUGAAUCGAAAAUUUGUGAGGAGCACGAGCAUCUGAACCAAGAAUUCUGCAAAGCGGCACCACCUACCGAGGUAUCAAUGGACACGCUGAAUGAGGACCUCACGAUUGUAUGCUCGGAUGGUGCAAAAGAAAUUAAGGAGGAGAUUGCUCAUACAAGGUUGCGGGAAAGGAAGUCUAACAAAACAAGCUUUGAGUUGGAUUUCGGUAAAGAGGAGUACGGUUCAAAGAACAUCAGAAUAACUCUUUUUCAAGGGUCACAUAAACUGGAGACUUCACUCUUCGAAGUUCGGAUGCAAGAACCUGAGCCCACCAUGCCCCAGCAGGUUGCUCCGGAUCCGUUCUCAACGGUAUCUUUUGAGGGAUGUGGGACAACUCCAGAGGAAGAAAUGAAAUUGUUGGAACUAUCGGAAGAGAUCCCUAAUAAUAUAGUAGUAAAGUUAAGCAUGAAAUUGGGGUUUUCACACGCUAAGGCAAUGCGAUAUGCUUCGACAAAUGUGAGAGGCGUGGCGGUUGACUCCACGGGCACUCUCGUAAUGCUACAGGAGUGGCUGAAGAAAACAAAACCACAGUUCCGAAAUGAUUCUCUAGAAAAGGCCCUAGUGGAUUGCGAUUUGGUAGAAAGUGCCGAAUUUUACAUUCCAAUUACAGAAGUAGUGAUAGAUACAUCUGUACUGGAUGAUGUGCAUGAAGAAGAUGAAGCCGGACCGUCCGGACCGUCCGGACCCAGGCGGCUGGUACAGCAUUCUGAGUCAUCUGGUUAUGUGGGAAUGGUCUCCUCCAAACACCACGGGGAUUACCGAAUCAAGAGCGUAACGAAGAGAGAUAGUAGGAAACAGUCUGUUAAAAGUCAAUUCUCACAUACAGAAUGAAAUGACUCACAAUAUGACGUAGAACAUACUGGUUAGGUCCUGCAGAAGCACUAACUUGUGCAUUGUGAUGUACAGUACUUUGUGUAUCCAAUGCUGUUAUACCAAUGUUUAUACAAUGCGCAAGUGUAUGCAUAUGGGUUCAAUUUUAU